CUUAUCAGCAACUGAUAAUUAUUGAAAAAGAGAGAUGAAUGUUCUACACAAUGCAAUUUUCACUUUUCAAUAAAAAAAAACUUCUCAUUGUAUGAAAGACAACAGAAAUGAAUGCCGAAGGGUCUACGCCACCACAAUCACCAAAUUUUGAGGUACCAUUUUCUGAUGAAAUCUUUCGUCCCAGAACCAUCUCAGAUGUUGUGAGUCGAAUUAAAAAAGAUAAUGUUAAGAACUCUGUUAGGAGCUUUAGUUAUGACCCAAAGUCAAAUGAAGAUUUGGCAAAGUUGGGAAAAGAUCUGAGACAGAUAGCUGUUGAUUUUUCCAACGAAUCCAAAAAACACGUCGAUGGCGAGAAGAGUGCUAAAACGAAAAGAAUCCUCCAGGAUUUAAUCCCCCUGGUGAAUGAGAGAUAUGGAAUAUUUUUAAAAAGAGUUGAGGAUUGGAAAGAGUUAAGGGUGCCUCUAAUUGAAAAGUUAGAUAACUACAUUAAAAAGCUAGACAGAAACUUCAAAUGGAGUACAUUUGUUAGAUUGAUAGCAUCCACUGCUGAUGCUACAGGCUCAGUUGGUGGCUUACUUUUGCAUCCUGAUUCAUCAUGGGCAAAGUAUGCUUUUAAUGCUGCUUCUGUUUGCGGUUUGUGUGGACUUAUUUCUACAGUUUGGGAAGUUGCUUCAUCUAAACAACUUCUUGAUGAAAUAUGCGACAGUAGAGAAGAGGAUUACAAGUUGUUUGAAUCAGUUGUUCGCUGGUUUGAAGAGAAUAAAGAUUUAGACUUUGCUGUCCAAGACAUGUUUCCUUACGGGAUUGAUAAGGAUGUUGCUUUGCAGGUUCAAGAAGCUUCGAAAGAAUUGGAAGAGUACAUUAAAGUGUUUGAAUCAGCACUUGUGUCGAACGUCAAAAAGGAUGCUGAAUUGUUGGAAAAUAAAGAUUUCCUUUAUAGCCUUCAGCUGUUUUCUCGUAGUCACGUUGCAAGUUUGUGGUGGAAUAGGAUAAUUUUUCGAAAACAUCCCAUUCAGCUUGACAUGAACAGGAUGACAUUGCAAAUGGAGUUCGGGCAGAUGCAAUCACUAGUUUUGCAAAGCAUUCCUGCAUUGCCAUUGGAGCAGCAGAGGCUGACUUCGCUCCCAGUGGCAGGCAGAAUAAUGCUCAACUGCCUCACCAUGUAUGAUUCUUGGACAUACAUCAAACAAGGUUCGAAAUCCAUGCAUUCUGAUAAGUUGAGAAAACUCCUUAAUGUUAUGAAAAGAGAAAUGGAAAUCAUUGACGAUGUAGUUGAAAAAAUGAAACCAGUUGAUUUUAGUUGAUCUAGCUUCCCAUUUGGAAAUAUCUUUUAGUGCGUUUUAUGGUUUAUUUUGUCAUAACAAUUAAACUUAUUGUUAACCUUAACAUGAUUAAUAUUCAGGAGAUAAAACUGUGAUAUGAAAUAUGACUAAUCUCAGCAGAUAAAAUUGUGAUUCAAAACACGUCUGUGAUAAUCUCUAUAUAAAUAAAAUAUUUCAUUUAUUGAGUAA